CGAGCAAGCAUGCACGAGCGUCGAUCGAAUCGAUCGAACGAAAAUUUUACUCGAUUUAAUACAGUAGGACGCGUACUGAUAUUUUUCAACAUUUCCGCGUAUUCUCGCUUUCGAAUAUAAAAAAUGGUUUUAGAGUAUAGUUCAUAAAUUUUUAGCAUCAAAUAUUUUUACAAUAAACAAUUCAAACGAAUUAGUUUUUGAGAAAAUUUCUGAGUAGAAAUUCCACAACCUUUCGGAAAUGAUUUCUUCAUAUUUUUCUAACGAACGAACAUGUGAUAAAUCUUUUAUCCGUAAAAAAAUGCGGGAUUGUCGAACAAUUGCGCGUCAACCAGGAAUUUAGAAAUGAUUCACGAUUUCCAACAGUUGGAAAUUUUUUUUUAUUUUUUUAAUCAACUCAUUUCCGACAAGAUUCGGUUAUCAAUUUAAACAUAAAAAAGUCGGAAAUAAAAAAUCAGCCGGCCAAUAUCACGUAGAUGCUCUUCAUUCCUCUCUCUCUCUCUCUCUCUCUCUCUGGCACGGUCCUCGCGCGCCGACCGCCGACAAAAAAAAACGACUGGAGCGACGUUCUACGUUUUCCAACUGAGUCUCAAACAUAAACACGCAUCACGUGUUUUUCAUGUGUACACGACCCUCACCAAAUCGUAAAAUUACAAAAAAUCACAAAAAAAUGAUGCAACCAAUUUCCACGCUCAAAUUAUCCAAAUCUGCAAAAACUGAACUCGCAAAAUCUGGCUAUCACUAUGUUGAUGAUAUUGAAAAUUUAGGAGAGUGGACACGAAAACACAAUGAAAAGUUAACGCCUCCGUUACCACCCGAAAUAUCAGCUCUCGAUCUUUGGCAAGACGAAGUGCAGCAAGAUUAUGUAAGGACUUUCUGUGAAAAUCUGGAUAAUAUUCUCGACGGUGGUUUUCGGUGUGGCACCAUUACGGAAAUUUGCGGAGCUUACGGUUCUGGCAAAACUCAAAUAUGCUUUCAGACAAGUGUCAAUUGUCAAUUGCCUCAAAAUUGUGGAGGCCUCAGCAGCCAGACUCUCUAUAUCGAUACUAGAAACGGAUUUUCAUCUUGUAGAAUUCAAGACAUAAUCAGAGGAUGCCAAAAACGUUUUCCAAACGUAAUACUAAACGAGAACGAUAUUCUGAAAGAAAUCAAAGUUUCCUCACCCCGGAAUCUCGAUGAAUUGAUCUCUACCAUUCACAGCUUGAAAAAAUACCUUCGCACUGAUUCAAAAAUAAAAGCAAUAAUCCUCGACAGUUUGUCACUCCCGGUGCAAUGCACCUUGACCGAUGGAUGGCAAAGAACACAAUUUUACUUUAGAGUAGUUGACGAGCUGCAGAAAAUUGCUUCUCGCAAUAAAAUAGCUGUAAUUAUCGUGAACGAACUUUGUUCGCAUGUGGACGACGAAGGUGAGAUUACUUACGAGAGUGCUGGUGGCCAAUUGUUUGCUCACAGAGCUCUCAGAAGAUUGGUGGUCACUCGACUGAGCGAUUCUCGUUUCGCAGCCCGAAUUCUUAAAUCUUCAAGCGUGCCACAAAUUUCCAUCAAAUUUCAUAUUGAUGAAGAUGGCAUAAGGGAUGAAAAUUCUUCGCAGUAAAAUGUCUGAAGUUCAAAAAGAAGAAAAGAGUUGCCGACAGUAUUUUUCAUUGGAUUUUAUUCCUUUUACACACGAUGUUUAAACAGUAAAUAUAGAGCCUUGCUGUAUGGAAAAAUAACUAGCAAAAUAUAACAGCUCAGUUGUUUUUUUCCCCAUUUGGCAUAUAAACAUUUAAAAAAUAUAUAAUAGGCGAUUUACAAUUGUACAAGACUGCUGGUGUAAAAAACAAGUUAUAUCUCAUGUAUAAUAAAAAAAAGCAAUAGCUUUUAUCGAAAACGUGA